AUGGUAGAAGACAUCAAAGCUCGCCACACGAAUCGUGCAGGUUGCUCCACUAGUUUUGUGAAAUGGUUCUUCCAUAAUCAUUUAGGUCCAAUUAGAACAGUGAUGAUUGCUUGUGGUCUUUUGCCACUCUCACCAGGAGAUUUCAUGUCUGAUCUUGACGUUCAGAUCCCAACUGCCUUUGACCCCUUUGCCGAGGCGAAUGCUGGGGACGCUGGUGCAGCUGCCGGAUCAAAAGACUACGUUCAUGUACGCAUCCAGCAGCGUAAUGGUCGCAAGAGCCUGACCACUGUCCAGGGUCUGAAGAAGGAGUUCAGCUACAGCAAGAUCCUCAAAGACCUCAAGAAAGAGUUUUGCUGCAAUGGUACAGUUGUCCAGGACACAGAACUUGGACAGGUCAUUCAACUCCAGGGUGAUCAGAGGAAGAACGUCUCAAACUUCCUUGUCCAGGCCGGCAUUGUGAAGAAGGAACACAUCAAGAUUCAUGGUUUCUGA